UAGUUUGACAGCUAAAGAUAGGGCAAAAUUGUUUUGACGAGUGAUUGUGAGUCAUCGUCCAAAUAAAUUAAUUGGAAUCUGAGUUUGCAACUCCUUAUUAAUUUUAUAAUUUAACUCUGUGCUUAGUGCUAAGCUUAAAGGUCCUCGUACCUGUUGUUUUUGUGUUAAAAGUUUUUUAAAAGCCGUCAAGCUGGGGAACGAAAUGUCUUCAUCCGCUAUGGAAAAACACCUAUUUAAUUUAAAAUUUGCUGUGAAAGAGUUAGAGAGAAAUUCUAAAAAAUGUGAGAAAGAAGAAAAGGUUGAGAAGGAAAAAGCAAAGAAGGCAAUACAGAAGGGUAACUUAGAAGGAGCACGGAUACAUGCAGAGAAUGCCAUAAGACAGAAGAAUCAGGCUCUCAACUAUCUAAGGAUGUCAGCGAGGGUCGAUGCAGUAUCAAGCAGAGUGCAGACUGCUCUAACUACCAGAAAGGUCACAAACUCUAUGGCGGGUGUUGUAAAGGCGAUGGAUGCAGCAAUGAAGUCAAUGAACCUCGAGAAGAUCUCCACACUCAUGGACAAGUUCGAGAGCCAGUUUGAAGACCUGGACGUCCAAUCCUCAUACAUGGAGAAUGCAAUGUCACAGACCACAACCACUACAGUACCUCAAGGAGAUGUUGAUAAUCUGUUGCAGCAAGUCGCUGAUGAAGCUGGUUUGGAACUCAACAUGGAGCUGCCUUCCGGAGUACCAAGCACCUCAGUGGGACAGACUACUGUGGUAUCUCAGGAACAAGACGAGCUUACACAGAGGUUGGCUCGAUUACGACAAGCCGAAUAACCAUUGUUGUACAUAUAUGUUAUGUAUUAUGCACAUGUUUAAUGUAAGACCUAAAUGAUGCAUGUUUAUUAGUCAGGUUGCGCAGUUUAUGUCAAAUGAUAUUAUAAUUUUUUAAAGUGUAGUUCUUUUCACUAUCACUAUAUUGUCAUAUUUAUCAUGAAUUUAUUUAAUGCCUAGUGUGGACCUCAACCUAGUUGAAAAAAGGCAAGAAGUAGUAAAUCAUAAACAUACAUUCCCUUAUGUCGCAGGCGAUAAAAAACUUGUACAAAUUGUUACACCACAUAGAAUAAGUAAUAUUAUAUUUUGGCAAUUUCAUGCAAUGUAAUUGGAGUUUUCUUAUACUUAAAAAUAAUUUUACUACAAAAUCACGUCAGUUAGUUCCAAGUAGAGCUUAGCUUACUUAGUAGCUGAUGACGUCAUAGUAUGACGCAAUGUACUGAGGACUAGGUUAGAGAAAUAUAAAUCCAUUAUGAUGUGGGACACUUGAAUGGUCGCAGACACGUCAUUGAAUCUGUGUCAUAAGUGUUUCAUGCUGUUUACAUUUAUUACAGUAUUAGAAAAUAAAAUACUCAAUGUUUUGUGUGAGUAAAUCUUGUAUUUUUUAAGUACUGUGUUUAACUUUAUAUUUGUAUAAUAAUAGAAGAUCUGUAACAUGGUACAAAUAAUGAAAUUUUAGACGUAAAUUGCGCAACGUCUGAAUAAUAAACGGGUGGCUUUCAGUUAAAUCUGACAAUAAAUUUUGUAUUUAUGUUGCGAAUUAUAAAUCAGCAAAAUUUAAGUUAUAACAGCAUUUUUACAGAUCUUACUUUCAACAAGAAUCUAAUGUGUUAUUUUGCAACUUUUAUAAUGGUUUCGCGUCAUUUCCACUUUGCUAUCGUACUGUGAUCAUAUAAAGAUAUAGAACACUGGAAUAUAAAUAAGUAUCUAAGGUAAAAUAUAAAUGUCUUGUAAUUUUUUGUAAAUUAUCUUUAUAAAGUUAUGAAUAAUGAAGUUACUUUUUAUUUUGUUGA